AUGCUACAAAGUACAGAUAAUACUUUCGAUGACCCUUUGUCACUUGAAGGAAUGGACACUGCGGUGGUUGUCAGCAGAAAGUCGUGUUCUUCUGUCACUAAUUAUCAGGCUACUUCUGGAGAACAGUCGUUCACAAGGUACGCUAGUUGCGACCAUACAAAGCUGUUUUCUUGCCAAAUCCGCCAAAUUCGGAUAGAGUUGUUGAUUAUUUUUCCACCACAGCAGUGGAUCAUCCUUUCUGGAAAUGAUGGUAUCGUUACAGUACCUAUCGACCUCCAAAAUAGCCUGAGACGUAGCUGUCCCCUUAGGAAUAAGAUCGGCCAUUUUAUUGUCAAACUCUGCCCAUUUAAUUGGUUAAUGCAAUGCAUUGUCAGAGUUGAACAGUUCAUCAAACUGAAUACCUAA